AUGAAGGAAGAUGUAUUUAAAGAAGAAAAUUUCCCUGUGACGUCCCAUAUUAAAGAGAACUGGAUGAGUAUUAAAGAAGACGUGCCUGAAGCAAAUCAGAGGUUAGAAAGUAUAAUUGGAUUGAUAAAUUGCGUAAUAACAACUGUUCCGAGGCUUGUAACUCUCAAUGUUCAGUGUGAUAAAAAUGGAAUGAACGUUCACAUCGAAUUUGAUCGUCCAUUCAACGGAAUCGUUUAUUCUAAAGGGUACUACAGUAAUUCACUUUGCAGAUACGUGAAUCCUGGCAGAGAUUCUACUGUUUACGAUUUCCUCAUUCCAUUAUCAGGUUGCGGAACGUCUAGAAACGACAAAGGCAAUUCGGGAAGUCAUUUUUCAUUAUCUAAUAUAAUUAUCUUUCAAAAUGAUGAAAACUAUCAAGAAAUAUGGGAUCGAGCGCAGUCUUUGAGAUGCGAAUGGACAAAUAAUAUUGAUAAAUUUGUUAACUUCGAACCAGUAGGAGUGGACAUGUUAGACGUACAGGAAUUAGUUUUCUCUGGUGAUCAAGUCGAUUGUUGGAUGGAAGUUCAGUUGGGUAAAGGCCCAUUUGCUCCACGUGUAAACAGAUUAGUCAAAAUUGGAGAAAUUCUAACGUUAGCUAUAUUUAUAAGGGACGAAGAACGUAUUUUCGAUCUCAUGGUUAAAAGUUGUUACGCUUUCGAUUCUCCAGAUUUCAAUUCUCCAGAAACUCGUAGAAUUCAAUUGACAGAUGCGGAUGGUUGUCCAAUUAAAGCUAAACUUGUCGAUGGAUUUUAUCGUACUAAACAGACUGGAAUUACUACAGCUACGGUAAUAGCAUAUGCAUUUAUUUCUGCAUUUAAAUUUCCUGAUAAAUCAGAAGUCUUUAUGGCCUGUAAUGUUAAUAUCUGUAAGAGAGGAUGUCACAGUUCGUGCCUUCAAGAAAUUACGCUAGAAACUCAGCAUGUUCCAAAGAUAUUAUCUAAUGCAUCAUCUAGUAGAACAGCGCCAAGUACAUCGAUUAACCAUAAAAGUUCAUCUAUCAGACCAUUUCGGCCAAAUAAUUUAACAAAUGGACACGUGGAUCGUUUUCCACGUAGUACGGAUUUGAAGUACAUGGAAACUAACAUGCGCCGUUCAUUUAAUAUUUAUUCUCCCGAAGAUUUACCUCAAUUUGAUCCUAUUUACAUCUAUGAUAACCUAAAUCCAAAUAUUGAUCACGAUGUUUGUAUGUCUAUACAUAGUUUUGCUCUGAAUGCCGCAAUCACUGCUUUACUUCUAAUAAUAUGCUGCUACCUAACAUUCCACACGUGUUAUCAAAUGAAAUAUAACAAAUACUAUUCGAAAUUCCCCUGCCGAUACUUUUUCUUACCUUGUACGUUAAAAGACAGAGACGAAGAAUUAAAAUAAUAAAUUUAUUUUGGGAAAGAACGAUGACAUCAAACAAAAUCAAUAGUUAAUCUUACAUUUUUUUGUUUUUGGCUUUAAUUCAAGUUAAAUUUAUCUAUCAGAAACACGUAUUCGAGUUUUAUCUAGCAUUGGGCUGUAGAAUUUUCCCAAAUUUUUCAUACUAAUCCUGAAAGAACUGAUGCCAUUUUUU